AUGUCUGGUCAAGCAGGAGGCAACGAAACUCGCCAAAGAACUGCCCUCGAGGAGUUUGAGCAAUCUGACAAGGGCAGGCCUCCUUUCAUUCUAACAUAUGCCGAGGUCAAACUCCUGGGUAUCGCUGGGGUUGGCUUUUUCUUGGACGCUUAUGACUUGUUCAUCAUCAAUCCCGUAUCUAGUAUGUUGCAGGAUAGGCUUUACCCACAGGGAAACAUGCCUGCCAACCUGCAAGGAUUACUGAAAGCUUCCGCCAAUAUCGGAAGUGUGAUCGGUCAGUUUUUGUUCGGAUACUGUGCUGAUGCUUUAGGGAGAAAGGCAGUUUACGGAAAAGAGCUUAUGCUCAUCAUCCUUGCGACUAUCCUCUGCAUUUCUACACCUACAGGCACGCUCUCCCCCAACGGAUCCCUAAUUUACUUGACUAUGUUCCGUAUCUUACUUGGUGUCGGUGUCGGUGGCGAUUACCCUAUGUCGGCCUCUGUGACAAGUGACCGUGCCGCAAUUCGUAAACGUGGAACCAUGCUCGCAUAUAUCUUCGCGAAUCAAGGAUGGGGAAGCUUCAUGGGGGCACUGAUGACCAUCAUCGUUCUGGCAUGCUACAAGCAUGUCAUGAAUGAUGAAGGUGAGACAUCCAAGGUCGACGGAGUGUGGAGGAUCAUUGUUGGAGUGUCGCUCAUUCCGGCUUUCGGGACGCUCUACCAGCGUUUGACCCUCCCGGAGUCCACGCGUUACCAGAAGGCGCAUGAAGCAGAACUGACUGAACAGAGUGAUUUAGAGACGAAGAAGAUGGGGGUUGAAGCUGGUGUUCAUACUCCUGAACCUGAGUCGAGCACCGAUAAUGAACCUUCUGUGUCUGCACCAAAUAAGGGUCAUUUCCUAGAGGUCAUCAAGUACUUCUCCGAAUGGAGACACCUGAAGAUACUCAUCGGAACUUGUUCAUGCUGGUUUCUACUAGACAUUGCCUUCUAUGGGAUCAACUUGAACACAAAUGUAGUACUGACUGCAAUAGGUUAUGGCGGAUCAACAGGCACGCCCUGGGAGAGGCUAUUCAAUGUCGCCACGGGAAACAUCAUCAUCACCGCACUAGGAUUCGUGCCAGGCUAUUAUGUGACUGUGCUCACCAUCGAAAAAUUGGGCCGCAAAAACAUUCAGCUCAUGGGAUUUCUGAUGGAGGCUCUGUUCUUGGGCAUUUUGGCUGGGAAAUUCCAUACCCUGAGUAAUGCAGCAUUCAUAGUAAAUUUCACGUUGCUCCAGUUCUUUUUCAACUUCGGAGCCAAUGCCACUACCUACUGUUAUCCCGCUGAGGUGUUCCCCACUCGAUACCGAGCGUUUGCACACGGCAUGUCUGCGGCAUGCGGGAAAACAGGAGCAAUCAUAUCUGCUCUCGUAUUCAACACCCUCACGAACAAGAUUGGCAUACCUUCAGUGCUUUGGAUCUUCGUCGGCUGUUCGAUUCUUGGUGCCGCUUUCACUUUCCUUUUACCCGAGGUCGCUGGUCGUGAUCCAGAUGCGAUCCUCGAACAGGAGCAGAGGGAGCGCAGUAGUCUCUGAUAUUGCCAAUAUCAAGUAAUUCGCAUUUGUUUUCUUGAUUUUUGCUUUUAGGAUGUCACUCACGCUAUGCAAGCUACAUUCAAGGCUGCUUCUCUUCUUAUCUGUCGUCUACCAGCAGGAGGAUUCAUCUGCAAAAAAGUCACUCGAAGGAUGACAGCUGGUAUCUAAUCCAAUUAGUAGCCAUAGUUCCGGGGGACACAGGUGUUCCCCUUUUCCUGGAUAGAUAUGUUACUCCAACUGCACAAAAACUAGAUUUUAAAAAGCUAUAGUUCCAUAGAGCAACAGCUUGCUAGUACUUUACGAAAUAUCAGGUCCGGAUCCGGUUUUCCCAAAUAUCUGAAAUAUGCUGCAUAUCUCCAAUGAAUCAGGUUGUCGUCAGCUUU